UCGUUUGAAUAAUUUCUCGAAAGUAUUGUUCAAACAAACAUACCUUAUGGCGUUUUAGUCGACACGUAGCGUCCUCUUCAGAUGAGUCAGUUUCUAUUGAUUGGAUGAGCAAAGAAUCAAAUAAAUACCCAUUUUCCUCUUCAAUCAUCGUAAGGCCUUGUCUCCACUAGAAAAAUAAUACAGUAUUAACUUCGUGUUAAAAUGAUGCGUAUCUACACUUAGAAAGUUAAUGCAUCAAUCAGAAUCUAGAACGAAAUGUCGCUUUCAUUAAUUCAAUUGGAGCACAUGAACCUAAUGAGACUUUGAUUGGUGCAUUAAAUGCGAAUUAUAUUUUCCACAAAUCAAGUUUCUUAAUUCGGUAUUAAAUUUUCUAGUGGAGACAAGGCCUAAUACGAUCUUCUUAUUCAAUUCAGUCGAGUAGAGCGAGAUUGAACACGCUAAAGCUAAAUCGAAAAAUGUAUUACACGAAAUUCAAAUUCCAGAUCAACAACAGAAAAUGUUCGGUUUUUUGAAAAGUACGUUUUUUCAUCGCCUCAAUCCCAAUCAUUUUGUUCUUGUUAUAGGGUUAAUGAAUCAUCAUCAUAUCAUCAAUUACAGUAUCGUCAAUCAUACUGGUUCAUUAUCCACUCCAUCAUCUUUUAAUCGAAUUCUCACGUCAACAUGGUUUCGAAAUGAAUUUGAUAAAUCUCUUGAAGAAGAACAUAUCGUGAAAACAGAUUCAUUAAAGAAAUUUGAAGAAACUGUAUGUACCAUUAUUGAUUCUUCUACUCAUUGUGGCAUGACAAAACCAAUGCCAUUAGCUUCAUUAUUCGAUGAACUUCGUCUUUUGAUCGAGUCAACAGCACCGAAAAAUAUUCAAGAAAAAUUAUUCAAUGUAUUGUACAAUAUUGAACAAUUGGCAAUAAAUAAUGAAAAAAAAAUUACGGAAUUGUCCAGCCAAUUGUCUAGUCAAGCUAUUGAUCUUCGUUCAGCUGAAAAAACAAUUACGGAGUUGUCCGGUCAAGUAACUGAUCUUCGUUCAGCUGUACAAGGUUUACAAGAACGUCAACAUGAACGGGAUGCUAUACUACAUGCAUUUAAAGUCUCAUUUUUGUAUCGUUAUCAUAUUGUUUUACCAAUAAUUCGACGUCAUUAUCCAAAGAUUCGAUGGUCAGAAAUUGUUAAUGUUGUUAAACAAACUUCACCUAAUUCAUUAGAAUCAGCUUGUCGUCCACCAUCACCAAAGAUUAUGGCAAAACGACGCGAGUUGCAAUCACUUUGUUCAAUUGAUCUGGAUAAACUUGUCCAUUUAUCAAGUGUACGCAACGAAGUGAUGCACAUUCAAAUUGCUAAUAUCGAUGAACAAAAAAUGUUAUUGGAACAAAUGGAACAUUAUUUAGACUCGAAAUCGAUCAGAGAAUUCAAAGACAGUAUAAAAAAUAUGUUAAAUGAAUUGAAAAAUCAUAAACUGGAGAAAAUACAAAAUUUUUUUAAUUAA